UUGUUUGUUUGCUUUUUGCAGGUGUUGUGCAGGAUGAUGACUCAAGCGCAGACGAAGGAGAUGUUCCGCCUGGCCGAGGCGGUGUGCUUUGAUGUGGACAGCACCGUGAUCCGGGAGGAGGGCAUCGAUGAGCUCGCUAAGUUCUGCGGAGUCGGAGAUGCUGUCACUGAAAUGACUCGCAAGGCAAUGGGAGGAUCAAUAACAUUUAAAACAGCUCUGACGGAACGGCUGUCUAUUAUCAAGUGUUCACGGGAGCAAGUUAACAAGCUAAUAACGGACCAUCCUCCUCAGCUGACUCCAGGUAUUAAGGAACUUGUGGAGAGGCUACAUCAGCGUAAUGUGAAAGUCUUCCUCAUUUCUGGAGGGUUUCGCUGCAUUGUAGAACAUGUAGCCACACAGCUUGGCAUUCCUCUUGACCAUGUCUAUGCCAACCGCUUGAAAUUUUACUUCAACGGAGAGUAUGCAGGAUUUGACGAAACUCAGCCCACAGCAGAAUCAGGAGGCAAGGGAAAAGUCAUAAGUCUGUUAAAGGAGAAGUAUGGCUUAAAAAAAAUAGUAAUGAUUGGCGAUGGUGCCACUGACCUAGAAGCGUGCCCUCCUGCUAGUGCUUUCAUUGGCUUUGGCGGCAACGUGGUGCGGCAGCAAGUAAAAGAAAAGUCUUCUUGGUAUGUGACAAGUUUUGGAGAGCUGCUAAAAGAACUUGAGAAGAUUUAACUACUUUGCAUCACAUAUUCUCACCAUUGCCUUGUUUGUGUGUGCCUUCGUGCUGACUUUAUGUAUUGCACAGUCCGACUUACUUGCACAAAUUUCUAAUCUUGAUGUCUGAAUUUUAACAUUCCAUCAUAUAAAGCUAUUUAAUACACUACAGUGUUUACAAACUGUUGUUAAAAUGCCCAUCUAGUUAAAAAGUGAUCAAAGCUGUGAUGUUUUAAUUUCUUCUAGCAUUUUGAUGAUGGUAAUGAUUUAGUAGAUCUUAAAAUUGUAAUGUAUUUUUUUUACAAUAAUAUAUGCAAAAUGUGUGCAUCUAUAAAGGAGACCUUCAUUUUGGUAUUUACCAUAGGAAAAUAUUAAAAUUUAUU